AUGGAGCUCUUCGUCGACGUUGUCACGAAGACCGACGAGAACUUUUGCGCCCUAUGCACCAACGAGAAGGACGUCGGCAAAUAUGGCAAUCCCCUCCACCACAAAGGGUCAUCCUUCCAUCGUGUAAUCCCCAAUUUCAUUUGUCAGAGCAGUGACUUCACUGCGGGUAACGACGGCAAGUCGAUCUAUGACGCCAAGUUUACCGACGAGAACAUCAUGAGAAAGCACACCGGGACCUGUCGAUGGCGAAGGCUGACGAAGUGGCUUGACAACAAGCACGUGGUGUUCGGGCAGGUGGUGGAGGAGUACGACAUAUUGAAGGCGGUGGAGAAUGUCGGGUCAGGGAGCUACCGGACCUCGAGACGGGUGGGUGUAAGAAGUGGGCGGGAAGUGAAAAGGAUAUUGAAGAAGCUAUUUUAUUUUAUUGUUGUGUGA